GCCAGAGCUCAGCUCACUUUAUGCUCCCGCUGCUGCACUUGCUCCUCCACACCAGCAGGUGGCAGCCCUGGGAUUAACAGAGACUCACAGACCGCCGUGUUCAGUAAUCCAAGAUGUCUGCGCCCUGAAGGAUGCUGCUGACGGCGUGAAGGUACAGGACAGUUGACAGUGGAUGGAUUCUCAGUUAACUUGGAGGCAGAUUUGAGGAUUUCCACACAGAGCAGGAUGUCAAAGAUCUCUAAGGCAGCCAAGGCGGUGAAGAAAUUGGAUGCUGGGAAUGUAAUCCGGGCUAUAGUGAGGUCUGGACAAGCAGCCCCUGGCCCCCCUCUAGGCCCCAUCCUGGGACAGAGAGGAAUCCCCAUCGGACAGUUCUGCAAGGACUUCAACGAGAAAACCAAAGAGCUGAAAGAGGGCAUCCCGCUCCCUAUCAAGAUCCACGUAAAGCCGGACAGAACAUAUGACCUGAAGAUCGGCCAGCCCACGGUGGCGUACUUCCUCAAGCAAGCGGCCGGCAUCGCAAAAGGGGCAGGCAAGACGGGCCAUGAGACAGCGGGGAAGGUGUCAGUGAGGGCGGUGUAUGAGAUCGCUCAGGUGAAAGCUCAGGACGAGUGCUUCAAAAUGAGGAACACCUCCCUGGAGAACGUUGUCAAAAGCAUCGUCGGAUCGGCACGUUCUCUGGGCAUCGAGGUUGUGGAAGAUCUCUCAGCUGAAGAGUACAAAGUCUUCUUGGAGCAGAGGGAGGAGAAGCUGAAAGCUGAUGCAGCAGCAGCCGCAGCUGCAGUUGAAACUAUGUCGGGAAAAAAGAAAUGAAGACCUGGAGCAUCUUUUAUUUAUCCCUCCAUUCCUGUAUUUUUUUUAUCGACUCUGUACAUGAAACACAUUCAUGUAGAAACCUGAUGUUGUGUCUCUGAUCAGAAUAAACGCAGUUAUUAAUGUGA